UGCAUAAAAGCCUGGUGCCUUUCAACCAACCAUUUCUCUCUGUUCCGCGCCCCACCGCCAAGAAUCUCAGGUAAACCAGAUCAAUCGCAAAGGUAAGAUUCUAAGCCUCACCAGAAAAGCGCCAUGUCGAUUCUCUCCUCUAACUCCAGCUACCAAUGGAUCCUCUCCCUCAAGAUCCUCCUAGUUUCCACCGGAGUUCUGUCCAUGGCCGUCUUUCUGAAGCUUUCUGUUCCAGUGGUGUCCGAUUUCAUCGUCUCUGAAAUCCCCUCCAUCUGGACCUGCUUUCUCUCAUGGUUAACACCUCCUUAUCUCUACUUGCUUAUUAAUUGCAUAAUCAUCAGUAUUGUUGCCUCUUCUAAGUUCCAGCCUAAGCUGGAGGAUGAUGCUUCCGUACCGCCGAUUCCUCACACGAUCGCUCCAUUUCCGGUCGCUAAGAUCUCCUCUGCCUAUGCUGUGUGUGGCGGGAGCGAAAUUUUUAAUGGAUACAGUUACAACGCGAUUCCGAACGUGGCGACGAACGUUUCGGACCUUCAAAUCGAAGAAUCGAACGGCGUAUACGGACGGAUGAAUGUAGAAUCUAGGGUUUCUGAAAUGGAGAAGAAAGGGGAGAAUGAUUCUUUGAUUAAAGCUUCUGAUGAAAGUGGUGUAUCGAGCCCGAUGACCAACGCUCUGCAGAGGAAAGAUUCCAUCGGACUUAUAUUUUCAAAUGAGAACGAGAGACCGCCGGUUUCUUCAAGAAUCGGCCAACGGAAAUUCGUGAAAGCUAGUCCUGAAGGAAAGCCGUUGGGAGUUUCAAAACCGAAGCGGCAGGAGACAUUCGAGAGCACGUGGAGAACAAUAACGGAAAGAAGGUCGAUGCCGCUAACGAGGCAUUUAAGGAAGUCGGACACGUGGGAGUCACACGGGCGAAGAGGCGCCGCUCUAGUGGACCCGGCGACGCCGCCAUCGAAGGUGAUGAAGAAGUCGGAGACGUUCAACGAUCGGAGCAGCGGCGGAUCGCCGAGUCCGUCUCCCGGCGGGUCGGGGAGGGUGAAGAGAGAACCGUCGCUGACUCAGGACGAGUUGAACCGCCGAGUUGAGGCCUUCAUCAAGAAGUUCAACGACGAGAUGAGGCUGCAGAGACAGGAAUCGCUCAAGCAGUACCAGGAGAUGGUGGGCCAUGGAGCCCACUAGUUUUUUAAUGAAACUUUUGGGCCUAGAAAGUUUGUUCUGGGCUUUCUCAACGAA